AUGAGAAAAAGGCUAGGAUUCCUCAGUACAUGGCAGCAAAAGCAUACUGUUGAGACUGUCUCGGAACAUUUGGACGAAAUGCGGGAGCAAUUCCCUAAGGCGGGUUAUUUCGAAAUGAAGAAGCAUCUAAGAAUCGACCACAAUGUGCGAGUUUCAAGAAAAGUUUUUUAUUGUGCUGGUGUCAAUGACCUCUGGUGCGUCGACCAACAUGACAAGUGGAAAUAUUGCUUUGGCCUCUGCCUUCACAGUGGCAUAGACCCUUUCACUGGCAUCCUGAAGUGGAUGCGAGUCUGGUGGAACAAUUCAAAUCCCAUCUUAAUCUGUUCAUACUACCUGGAUGUAGUGGAACACACCAGGCAUGGUCCUGUUCUUACACAAAGUGAUAUGGGCAACGAGAACGGUAACCUGGCUAGGGCGCAUAGCUUCUUGCACCAAUGGGCUGACAAGGACUUGGACAAUACCUUGCAGCACCGAUGGAUGGCAGAGAAGAAAAACAUUCCUUCAGAAAUCGUAUGGAGUGUGUUCCGCGCUCACUUUAGCUUUGGCUAUGAAGGAAUCUUUCAGUUUGGCGUUGAGCAAGGCUGGUAUGACCCGAAGGUGCCUCUGGAAGCAUACGUCUCUUCUCUUUAA